CAUAUAUUGCACUUCGAGUCCAAUUUGGAGACAUUUGACAUUAAAUCAGGAAUAUAUUGUCAACAUUUGAAAACUCACAUCAUCUGAAAGAUGUUCCCCUGGUCAGCAGUGUUCUCCCUGGAGCCGAAGGUUCCCGGACAGCGCACUCCAGAAGAGCUGGUGACCAACACUUUGAUGCUGGAGCUGGGUGCCAUGGUGAAACGGACCGAGCGGAUCCGGCUGGAGAAGGCAGCGGAGGUGCGCAGACGGCGAAACUCUUCCUCUGCAGAUUACAGCUGGCUGGCCGACCCUCAGCCUCGGGCCCCCUACGAGCUCACGCCGGGAGAGGUCCUGGAACUGCAGGAGCUUUGUGCCCAGAUCCCACCUCAACAGUGUGGGCCGGUCAUUGUCAGGUUCCGGAAACUAGUGUCAGAGUUUGAGCCGGAGGUGACCGAGGUCCCCAAACUGUUUCGGGGCGUCCUACAAAACUGCCUGGAUGAGCUUCAGGGAGAUGCAGAAAUCCAGGAUCGGAUGAACCGUUGGGAAAAACAGCGCAGCAAGAGCCUUUCCUUUGUCACUUUCCGGUCCAAGUUCCGCACCCUAAACCACGGCAGGGGAAGCUUCGGCGGCUCCCGCAACAACCUGCAAGAGGAAAACACAUGGUCUGAUGAGGAGGAAGAGGAGGCAGCCGAACAAGUGGCAACAGCCCUGCGCGCACGCAAGGGACGGAGUCACAGCAUGCCAGAGAUCACCCCUCUUGAGCAGCCCACACAGAGCUGAACAACAGGAAGACCAGAUGAAUGGAAA